AUGUUAUCUGCUAAAGACCGGGUGAGGCGGGAGUUGGGGAGUCUGAUACUGGACUCCAAUAAUAAAACUGAUGCCCCAUCUUCUGAUUCAAUACCUACGACCGAGCAGGUGGCAAGAAAGAAGCCGGGAAUUUUGGACUUCUUAAAACAAAGACGGACUGAGACUGGUGUGCCAAAUGUGACUGCUUCUGCAGUAAACAUACUACGCAUGUAUAUGGAAACCGAGAUUGAACCCUGGGCGAGAAGACAAACGUACAGAAGUCGCUGGCACUUACUGGAAAACAAAUAA